CAAUUAAUAACCCAAUUCAGUGUUGCUAUAAAUUUGUCAUUUCAUUCAUUGAACUGUUAUUUCAUAAUUAUGCUAAAAAUGUGUAUAAAAUUUGAACAUUUUCUGCUUAUUUGGUUUUGAAAAUCCUGAUAAAACACAGAUAAACACUGGAAACGCCAAUUUCUAGCACACCUUCUAAGCCCUUUCAAUAGCCUACAUAACUAAUACACCUCAAGUUACCUGAAAUUUUGUACCAAACGUAAGAAUUUUCUCUUGAAAGCUAAGAAAACGCUGGUAAGAGCAGAAAAAUCGCCUAUUCUGGGCGAUAUAGAAGUCAAUAAGGUUUAGUUAUUUUAAAUUUCUAGACCCUAUAACUGAACAACAUUAACAACAUUUUUCUGUCAAUUCUUAAAAAAGCGCAUACCGUAUUGGUCGUCUUUGAAAUUUUUUUCAAUUACGGUCUCAGUCACUACACCUCCGAGUUUACGGAGGUAGUGUCUUAGUGCGCCACUAGAAGGUUGAACAUUAACUAUAUUUCAUUUUGAUAACUUUAAAGGGAAAAAACACUCACAUUCUUUUGGUGUGGCGACGACCGUUUCGAGUUUCUGUUUGGCUUGAGAAUGUACAACACCAGCACUAAACGGUCGUCGUUACACCAAAAGAAUGUGCUUUUUCAGUUUAAAGUUAUCAAAAUACAAUACAUUGUAAUAAUAUUGGUAAUAAAUAUGGAUAAUCAACAACGAAUCAACUGAAACACGACUUUCUUACUUAUCCGGGUGAGUAAAUAGAUUAAUUGGUGAAAGAAUGAGUGUCAUUUUACUUCUACCUAAUAUAUAUUAAUAUAAAAUAUAAUGUCAAAAACUGAUAUGUUCAUACUUCAUUCAGUUUUGAAGCUCUGCUAUUUGAAUUACAGCACGAUCUUCAAUAACUUCUCCUUUAUCAAUUACCCACAGUUGUGGGGUCAGAGGAAACACAUACCGUAAUCCAAAACACUACUGGCAGUUUAAUGAUUCUAAACUUUGAAGAAAGUAUAGGUAUAUACAGUAGUUCAAUUGAAAUAUUAUUCAUGAUUGUAAAUGUCAUAAUUUCAAUAAAAAAAAUUACGGUGUUAAACUAUACAGUUAAUUUUGUAGACCUACCAGGGUACGGUACACUAUUUUAUAAAUUGUAACUCAUUCUCUAUUAAAUGUAUGCCAGCCAUGAAUCAUAUAUACGGUAUAUGUAUAUAUAUAUAUAAUAUUUUUAUCCUACACGAUUUAAAAUCAACACUUUUUUACUUGGAAGUUUUGAAAUAAUAAUGAAUUUAGUCUUAAACUCCAGAAUAGAGUUGAGCGCAACCGUAAAUACAUUGUACUUAAAUUCGUAAAUAAAAUAUAAGUUACCGGUACCUACUGGAUAAGGCUGAAUAUUGAAAUCUUUUGCUGAGUAAGCUAACAAUAUAAUCAUUUAAAACAUAUUUUAGUCUAUAAUAAAAACUAUUGGAAAUAUGUUGGGCUCUUUUACUCAAUAUAAUCCAAACCAUAAAAGUUUCCAAUUUCAUAACAUUCUUGUUAUAGGUACUUCAAGUAGAAGUAGAAUUUAUAUUCCAAUAAUAAGCUCUAUAAGAAAAAGAAAUACUUAUUAUAUUAUAUGAUGACAAAGAACUUACAAAUUUACUUUCGCCUUACUUUCUAAUAAGACUUAUUUGUGUAUUUCAUCUGAAAAGUUAUGAAAUCAAAUAAAGUUAGAUUGCCAUACUACAAGAUUUCAAAUGGGGAGUCUGAGUUCCUCUCUGGAAAUCAAGGUGUAUUGUAAUAAAAAUAAAAAAACAAUCUGUAGGCCUAGUUCUUAAAACUUUCAGCAACUCAACUAUAAUCUUUAUUUCAUGACAAUAAAUUAUUAGACUACGUGUUUUGAAAUUCAACGUGAUUAUAACUGAAGUACAAAUAACCUACAAAUUUGUUGACUAAUAAAUAGGAAUUUUGUGAGAACUCAAUGAUUGCUGCCCUUAAAAUUAAUGAUAGAUGUUGAAAUAUGUAUCGGGAAAAUAAAAUAACAAGCCACUAUUCUAAAAAGUAAUUAACAGUAGAAUUAUCAACGUUUAUUCACGAAAAAUUCCACUCGACAUAGGGAUUUCAAUGUAAACACGGGUUGAAGUGUACGCUUUUGAACAGCUGAUCACCUGAGUGUUCUAGCCUUGUAGUUCCGUAAGCAACGCUCCUUGCUGUAGCUGUAAUUUUCUAGGUUAUGUUUGUCAAGUGCUCGGUGAAAAUGAAGUACGAACUUUGAAGUAUGAAAUGAAGUACGAUCAAGUGCUCGGUGAAGUAUGAAUUUUAAAUUUUUGUUGUUUGAGACAUCUUACUUUUAGUAUUAUAUUCUUUCAAUAUGGCACUAUUGGUGCGAAGGCUUCCAGGAAUUCUGUUCAAUCAUCUAUACUGCGUCGUUUUAGCUGUUACAAUAGUAGCUGUCAUUGUUUAUCUACUUUUUCACUGGCGGUUUUUAUGCACAAAUUUGGAACCUCAGCAACAUGUAAAAAAAUUGGCAGGACAUACAAUGAGCAUUUCACUGGGCAUCGUGAAAUGAUAAAUGUACCUUUCAUCCGACUGACGAAAUCAACAAAGAGCUACAAAGCUGAAGGGAUCAAAAGCUACAAUAAGCUAUCAAGACAGGUGAAAGAUUAUCCCAUCAGCAUUCUUAGACGUAAGCUUCAGGAGAAUCAGGAGUGGCUGGUUGGACAUCCAGCUGAUUGGAAUGCAUGUGAAGCAUUUUGUGCUGAUAAGUGGUUUCAUACCACAUGUGUAAAAAUAUCAUCAUCAGAUAUGAAGAAAAUUGAAGAAUUGGGUGAACAUUCAAAGUGGUAUUGCUCGACUCAGUGUCAACGUUAUCAGCAAAAUGAAGUUUAUGGCGACUUGUGUCUUUCGCUGUGUGUGACAGAGACCAUACACUCAGUGUCCUGCCAUGCGUUUCAUGCUGGCAAAGAAAUUGUGUUCUCAGCCCAACGAUCUGACAAAUCUCGCUUGGUGUUCAAAUCAGCUCGCUACGAUGACGUCAGCUCGCUUGACGGGUUCGAAUCAAAACAUUUUCCCACAGAAAGUCAAUUUCAGACCAUGAUCAUGAAUCAUGUGAAAAGCAGAUUGAAUGUGACGAUCAGUGAACAGCAGGCCAGAAGUUACUCGAGGUUCGCGAGUGGAGUACACGCCAAGAGCGGUUCGGCGGAGAGACACGCUGAGAUGCGGGAAAUAUGGAACCUGCUGCAGGACAGCGAGUACCUGUUGGCUGUUGUCUUCCACGACAAAGACAUCUUCCCCAAGGUCAUCGGCUCGUGUGGCCCUUACUUUGCUGUCGAGCAUGUCAGUCCGGUCAUGGUUGGAGAUGCUAGUCAAAGCCUGUCAGAGGAGGGCGGCCAUGCGAGCUGGGCGAAGCGCGUGCACCUGGCCGUGCUGAUCCUAGACCUCCUGUCCGACCUGGACCUGGUGGUGACGGGAGGUCUGCACCUGUGCGACGUGAAGCCGGCGCACUUUGGCCUGUCGACUCGCACCGGUAAGCUGCAGUUCGUCGACUUGGACUCUGUGCUGCCUCACGCGGUGCUCGUCGACUCGGCCCUCGUGAGUGGCGGCGCCUGUCGUGUGGAUGCCGACUGCGGCCUCUUCGACUGUCGCGCGCACUGCGACAUCACUCGCGGCAAGUGUCUACCCGGCAUCGCCAACAACAACCUACAGGUUGUUUGCGAGAAAAUCUUCCUUGGCUGGCAGAUAUCGGGUCCGCUCAUAAUGCCCGGUCUGUUGAAUUCGCAGCACACGCCGACACAGCUGUCCUCGCUGUUGCGCCAAUGCGCCGACCCUGACCCCUCCCCUCAUCCCUCGGUCCACCAACGACUCACCACAACUCUCGCCGAAAUUGACAAAAUGCUCUCUGCUACCAACUAUGACUACUACGAUGCUGCUAAAAUGUAAUCCAUCCUCAAUAAACGUGAAUAUAUUUAUUCUAA